GAUAUCUGACAUCUGGCAAGAAUAAUAGUAGCUGUUUGUGAUCCAACCUGCUCUGAUGACAUUCCAAAGCACAACAAAACAAACAGCCCUGCUUUUGCAAAACCCUCCACAAAUAUACAUUCGCACAAUGCCGGAACCGAGCAGUAACGACCAGAGCAACACAAACCUGUACAUGCGUCUGCAACAGUCGCAGGUGGUGCGGGCCAACAUACAAAACAUUUCCCAGUUUCUCAACACUGGCCUCAGCCCAGAAACGCUCGAUAUCUGCGUGAAGCUGCUCGAGGCAGGCGUUCAUCCGCAGUCCCUCUCCGAAGCGGUCAUUCAGAUACGCAACGAAAUGGCCGCCCUCAACAAUGGACAGUCGGGCGAGUGAAGUAGCGCGUAAAUAAAUCUUUAUUUCUGUUUCAAUCAA